AUGAUGAGAUGAGCCAUCACUCCACUCAUAUACACCACAGACAAAGGCAAUAUAUAGAAGUGAAGCUUGAGAAUGAUGAAGCCAACUCUUGCUUUUCUCUCCCUCCUCUUCCUCUUUUUGUUUGCUACUACUUCGGAAUCAAGAAAAGAGCCGGGAGAAUAUGGGAAAAUGGUGAUGAAAGAUAAUGAAAUUUCUGAAGGAAUGGAAGGCCUUGUUGUUGAUGGAUUGAAGCACAAAUGUGAAGAGGACAAGAACACAAAUAUUGUGAGGAAUUUUGAACCCAUACCAAGCCUUUCUGUUUAUAAAGAGGACAUUAUUAGUGCCGAGGAGAAGAAGCAAAAUAUUGUGAAGAAUUUUGAACCCAUACCAAAUGUUUUGAUUUACGGUGAAGCUACCAGGAAAUAAUGAAUUAAGUUGAUGCUAAUGAUUAUUAUUAUUAUUAUAAUCACAUGGCUGAACAAAAAAGAAGAAUGCAUUGGCGCAAAUAAUAAAAAAGAUGUGGUAUGUUAAUUAUGGUGUUCCUAGCUAUCUGUGUAUUAAUGUAUUAAUAAUAAGGUCUGUCGUGAGACCUUUUAUUUGGUUCUGAAAUAAUAGUUGUGUUAAAUACAUAUUUGGAUUAUUAAAACCUAGAUUGCGAUGGUAAUUUGAGAUCUCAUGGGUGAUAUAUGUUUUCUUGUAAAGUGUACCUUCUUUUUUAUUAAUGAUGACAUUGUUAUUAUUAUAUUA